UCGGACUCCACCGCUUCAUCUGGCUGACGCGCGCCAACUGCUUGUUGGGAGAGAAUUAAACGGCCAGUUACUAAGUUCAGUUCCAGUCAUAUUAACAACUUGAAAGGUGUAAACCUUGGGAUCAAUAGAUCUACAAUAAUGCCUGAGAUUGCCGAGAUCGCGCGGGUGGUGCACUAUCUGCGCCUGCACUUGGUCGGGAAGACGAUCAAACAAGUGACGGCGAUAGAAGACACCAAUGUGUUUGGCAAAGUUGGGACUACUGGGGCGGAGGUUGCGAAGGCAUUGACCGGGAAGAAGGUCAUCUCAGCGGGAACUCAGGGCAAAUACUUCUGGCUUGUUCUCAAUCAAUCGCCUCAUCCUGUAAUGCAUUUUGGCAUGACUGGCUGGAUCCACAUCAAGGGCGACCGGACAGCGUACACCAACUACUACAAGAAGAUGAAGCCUGAAGAAAUGGAUAUGUGGCCGCCAAAAUACUGGAAGUUCCACCUGACGACCGAAGACCCAUCAGUCGAGGUCGCCUUCACCGACCCCCGACGCUUCGGUCGUGUCCGGCUGGUGGAUUGCCCAGGCGAAAGUAUCAGGAAGCACUCGCCGCUUGUAGAGAACGGGCCAGACCCAGUCGUCGAUACCGACGUCUUUACCGAGGAGUAUCUCCGACAGAAGAUGAAGUCACGACACGUGCCCAUCAAGGCACUCAUUCUCGACCAGGCCGUCAUCAGUGGUGUGGGUAACUGGGUUGGGGACGAAGUUCUCUACCAGGCAAAACUCCAUCCGGAACAGUACUGCGACGACUUCAGUGACGAGCAGAUCAAGAACCUUUACAAAUCCAUCCGACAUGUGUGCCAAUUUGCUGUCGACAAGCUCGGGGACUCGGAUCAGUUUCCCAAGGAUUGGAUGUUCCAUUAUCGGUGGGGUAAAGGUCAGAAAGGUGCCGCGGGUCACCUGCCCAGCGGCGAGAAGCUGGCAUUCCUAACUGUUGGCGGAAGAACAAGCUGUUACGCGCCUGAUGUGCAAAAGAAGAGCGGCCGCAUCAUGCCGGGUGUCAAGGAGGAGAUCAUCGAGUCUGACCAAGAGGAAGUCAAGCCUAAGAAAGCUGCCAAGUCGAAGGCCGUCAAAGCCGAGGAUGACCAGCCGCAGGGCAAGAAGAAGCGGGAAGCCGAGGGGGAGGAGCCGCCAGCUAAGAAGAGCAGAGUUGCCCCAAAGAAAGCUGCAACCGGCAAAACAGGGACGGCCAAGGCAGAAGAGACGGCCACGGUAAACAGCAACACCGAGUCAGGGAGGCGGCGUUCGGGCAGGCUGCAAGGAAAUCGACCUGGGUAUUGAUUUUAAGAUCGAGGCCUCUCGGUUUCAGUUU